UAUUUCCAUACUUCUAAAGUAAAAUGUACAAAUCUAAAAUACCCUAGCGCGCUAAUUCUCGCCUGUAUAAAAUGUUUUUUCAAAUACUAAAACGCUCAUGCUAACAUUGCUACGUCGGCUUAAUCUUCGCUUUAUGCUACGCUCGGCAAAUCGAACAGCUAAUAUUGCUUACAAAUUCGCAACAUGUGGCAACGCCAAAGCGCGAUGUUCGCCUGGCCUGUCUUCAAACGUGUCUGACAACUCGUAGCACGUCUUAUCACAUUAUUUUAGUAUAGCUUAUACGGUCCGAGUGAGAAGAUUAUCUUUAUUAUUAUUAAGCGGAAGAUGUCCGAACUACAAAACGUAUCGUGUCUCGGUGGUGGUGUGCAAUUCUGGAAGGAUUUCAUAAAAAUCUAUGAGGAAUCGCCAGCGCUAUGGGAUCCCAGAAGUAUGGCUUACAAAAAGCCAUAUCUGAAGCGCGAAGCUUACACCAAACUACGCGACAAGCUGCGCGAAAUCGAUCCGAAUGUACAAAUCGACUAUGUGAAGCGGCGCAUCAACGGACUGAGAUCCUGCUACCGGCGCGAACUGCGGCGCAUACAGGAUAGCAAGCGGAAGGGUGAUAAUUUGUAUCGGCCAACGUUGUUCUACUUCAAAGAGAUGAAUUUUCUCGAUGACGUGCUCGACAUUGAUAUCGAACGAGACGAGCGGGAGGGUAAAAUUGAAAGACGCGGCCGUAAGCCGAACACAAAGCUUACGAAGAAGCGCGUGCAGCCAGAUUCGUCGCAGAGUUCGAGCACAGACGAAGAUAGCGAAAAGUCUUCAGCCGCUUCAGCUUCAAUACAAACGGCAACAACGUCACAAACACAAACACAGCAACAACAACCCGUCGCUACACUAAGCUCACAACAGUUGAACGGCUUGUCGCUGCCAAGCUCAAGCGUCGAUGGCGGCGUCGCCAACUCACACGCACUGACAGCAUCGCUUUCGCUGGAAGCGCAGACUUUGGGCGCUAGCUGGGUGGCGCUCUAUCACCGCUUGGAGCGCGAUCAGCAGCUCUAUGCGAACAAAGCCAUAAUGGAGGUGCUGUAUCAGGGCGCUUUGGGCCGCCUCAACGCGGACUCUUACAAAUCGCUGGAGCGCGAUAUGAGCCAUAAUUUUCUGGACGAUCACCGCAUCCUGGAUGCGAUCAAUGAAGAGUUGGCGACCGAUUUUAUCACAAAAGCGGAUGUGGAGGGUUUCUACUGAGAUUUUUUUUAUAUUUUUUUUGUUGUUUUUUUAUACAAAUGGGGUUUUUUACGUAAACAUUUAUUGUAAGUUGUGUAUUAUUUAGUUAAAUAUAUUUUUGU